UCGAAAAAUACGUAUUUUGUAAGCGCCCUCCUGCAGCCAGCUGUGAGAUUGCAUCAAUUUCAUUCGUUGGCGUCUUCCCUCUCGCACCGUUUGUCUCCGUUCGCCGCGCUUGCCACAACGCGAGUGCGUCUUUUGUUUCUGCUGCCCUGUCGUUCAUGGCAGACCUGUACCGCAGGCUGCCUUUGCUGCUGCUCGCCAUUGUGCUGCUGCUUGCCGUUGUCGUCUUCCAUACUUGCUGCCUCUUGCGCGUUCCAGGGAAGAAACAAACGUGGCGAACGUCGAAGACGGCCAUGAAGAUGGAGAGGGUACAGACGAGGACCACGCUGUCCGAUGGGGCUGCGGGGUCGUCACGUCAGCGCUGCAGAAGUGCGGAAGCAGUCAGGCGGCCGUACGACCCCGCACUGUACAGCCACCUGCAGUCCCACGAGAUACCGUUGCCUCCAAGUGACGAUGACGGCGACGACCCACGAUGUUCUACCCUUCCUCUGGGCAGCGGUUCGACUCGGGAUUGGAUGGGGAGCCAGCUGCACAGGCAGGCAUCGACGCCGACGUACAAUGAUCUGCUGGAGGGGCGUACCCCGGCUGGUUAUGACCCAGGACUGGUGGAUCUCAGCUUCGGAUUGAGGUCCGGGAGUGCCGAGGAGGUGACGCGCACCGUUAUCGUGAACCCAGCUUCGGGCACCACCCACACACCGGCUCCACCGACAACGCGGACUGGCGGAUCAGUUCCGUGUAGAACGACGACGGCAGGUGGCACAGUGGACGGACGACGCCCAAACGAAGAGUGGUCAGCAACGGAGGUCGUUAGUCGAAAGUUUUGGGAUGAUCAUCGGCGACAAUCGCGUGAAGCGAGCACGACUGGCAUAACGAGAGGGGUGGCGAAGAUUACCGUGGGGGCGGACGAUAUAUUAGGCGAUGAAGAUGGUGCAGUUGCGGAGGAUUGCGAGGCAGACGACGGGGCCGGUAACGACGACGAGGAGGACGACGAGGAGAUGGAGAUUCGUCCAGUAGGGAGAAAGCGGGGAGGGUCGAGGGCCGCGAAAAAGUUGUCGGAAACGCGCGGGGCGGAGGGGGAAGAAGGGUGUGGAAGAUGCGUCGGCUGGCGAGGGAUCGAAAAGCCGGGAUUUUUGGACCGUGGAGCACAUGAUUGCUCUCAUCCGGGCAAAAAGAGACCAGGAUUCGCAUCUUGCCGGCCUCGCGCACACCACGGGAAGGAUGAAGACGAAGACAUGGAAGUGGGACGAUGUGGAGAAGAGGCUGGUGCACAUGGGGGUCACGAGUAGAAAGGCCGUCGAUUGAGGGAAGAAAUGAGACAACCUGUACCAGCAAUUCAAAACCGUGCACAAGUUCAUGGGAGAAUCGGGGAAGC